AUGACCGCUCAAAAAUGCGUGGUGGAGGGCUGCAAUUUAGAAUAUGAUGUGGUCUGCAGCUUUUCCUUCUACAAUGUUAAUACCACAUACGAGCUGGAUGAAAAGAGACAAGAUUGGAUUGAGGGUGCGAUGCAAGAAGAGAGUGAGUGUUUAUGGAGACAUGUCAGCUUGCAGUUGUGUGGGUAUCACUUUGAGUUAGAUUCUCAAGGACUAUGGAUCGAUUCACCGAUGCUUCCUGAGCUACUAACACCUCAAGAGCAGGCCGCACCAAUUAAACCUACACCGGAACAGAAAAAAGCCGCGGAGAUAAUACGCAUUGAGCACAAUUAUUUUAUGGAGGCAUGCAAGAAAGAACCGGAGUCGAUAUCGCGUCUCAACGUUAGGCAAUUGGUCGACACGAUCGGAUAUCUGUCACUAAAAAACCUUCAGAAGAAACAGCUAUGGGUGGUAAAGGUCGAGAGUGAUAAAGCGGAAGCCUCUAUCACUCAGUCAGAGCAGGUGAUCACCAAAAUGCCUGACCCUAAUAAGCAGAUCAUUGAGAUCAUACCCCAGUCAUCGACCCAGGGUACGGAGGCUCUCCAAAACCAGAGUGAAGUACUCCAAAUGAUAGAUGAUGGAACUAUAACUGAUAACUUUAUCUAUGAAAUAGCUGAAGAGCAGGAAAUUACCAUGGAUGAGGUCAAGGAGAUACCAUCUACUGAGAAUCAGGAGUGGACGGUAAACAUAAUCCCAGACGACUCUAAACCCAAGUACGCCUACAUCAAACACUGCAAUUCUGGCAAGAAGAAGCGUCACUUCACCUCCGAAAUGAAAGAGAUCACCUUGCACGGUGACUUCGAAAACUACUACAUCCUCCCCGACGUCGAUCCAUCGGUCGGCGUGGAGAUCACCACCAGCUACGACCAAGAAAGCUAUAUAGUGGAAGAGUACCCCCACCUGGUUCUAGAAGAGCGACCCAGAAAACGUGACCCGGGCAAACGGAAGAAGAAGAGCCAGGUAAAAGAGGUAAAGACCGAGGACUGGACCGUGGAGAACAUCUAUGACCCAGAGCAGGACGACUACGAUGAUAAAAAGGCCAGGGUUAGGAGGAAAAAUAAGAAGUAUUUAGGUUACGAUUUUGUUACUUAG